AUGGAUCAUGGAGGGGUCGAGUGGGAUCCAUUCCGGUGGAGUGAAGCUGGUGGAUUGAGAUUUGAAGCCGAGAAGCACUACCGCUUGACCGGAGAUGUGAACCUACUCGAGACAGGAUCAGCUAAGAGAUUACGAAGCGGAACUCCUCGAGGAAUAAUCUGUUUCAAUCUCAUGGACUCAAGAGUCAAGAUCCCUAAUGCAUGGAUUGGAGUGAAGGAAUAG